GCCAUCUAUGCAACCAAUGCUGAACUAACUGACAAUUUGAGGUUAUGUAAAGUAUUAAUCAAAAUAAACAAUUUUUAGUCGAAAUAGGCGAUUUAUUUUAAAUGUUUCAUAAUAAAUAGUGCAUUCUAACACACCUACAAGCGACUAUGGUAGAAGAUACAGUAAAUAUAAGCAAUAAACCAAAGACGAAAUCCAGCGAUAAACCUCGAUAUGUUUACUCGUGGAGUGUCACAGAUGUGCAAAAAUGGUUUAGGAGACACUGUAGCGAUUAUUUCGCUCUAUAUUCCGACACCUUUUUAAAAAAUGAUAUAACUGGUCGAACACUAAUCAGGAUUAACGAUAACUCUCUUUUAAGACUUGGAAUUACAGACAAAAAACACAGGGACGACAUCUGGAGGGAAAUAUUGAAAUUAAGACUUAAAACCGACAUUUUGGAGAUCAUUGAUUUGGAGAAACAGAAUACAAAUAAUUUGUACUACGAUUAUUCUAUCGCAUAAUAUGAUAUACGAGGUGUAUUUUAUUUUAUAUUUAUUAUUAUUUAGCUCGUUGUUUCUCAUAUAUUUUAGCAUUUUUGUGUAUUACCUUUUUAAUAAAUAAAGUUUUAAUGUG